UUAAGGCGACUAUUCACUCCAGGGCGACUACUUGCCUCUUCCAAGCCGAUAACUUAUCGAUUUCAUGGGAUUUCUUGUUUCAUUGUUUUAUCAUAUCAAUACUUUCAAUGAACUGAAACUCAUGACUGACAGAUGGGUGGAAUAAUUAUGAUAACACGUGAAAUUUCGAUAAGUUAAUAUUUCGCACGAAGUGAUCAUCACUAGAGUUAAUAUCUGUCGAUCAAUGUGUGCACCUCAGCUGCCCGAGCUGCCGUCACGAGUGAAAACAUUCCAGAGAUUUGGCGAAGACUCGGAAGUGACAUCUUUUUGAGGGGCGCAUAUAUCGAUCGAUCUGUAGACUUUAUUAAGAAUGAAAUUUAGCCAAGCGUUGGAGAAAACAGAGGAAUUUGACAAAAAGGAAGAAGUGGAAACUUGUUGAAGCAGGAGGGAUUGACACCUUUGAGUAAAUUUAAUCUACAAGUGAUGGGUGACCAGUGGAUUGCAGAUGUAGAUGCAGUUUGUUUCGAGAAAGGCUAUGAUAUCUACAACCUCUCGGUGAAAUAUACCGAAGAGAAUCUAGUCAAGGACCAAGUCGAGGUCAUCAUCAAGUCCUACGUCCUGCCAUGUGUGCUGGCCUUUGGCCUCUUUGGGAAUCUACUAUUCCUCUUUGUGGUAGCUCGUGUCCGAUCUAUGCGCACCAUCACCAACAUGUACCUAACCAACUUGGCAAUCGCUGACCUGUUCUAUUUGUCCGUAGGGGUCGGCGAGAAACUCUGGCGGUACCACAUAUCCCCAGUGAAAGACGAUCGCACUCCUUUUGGCAACAUCGGCUGUGUCUUCUUCCCGUUCGUUGUCGAUACCACCUACACCGCAUCGGUGUUGUUGGUUACCUUGGUAACAGUGGAACGUUAUUACGCCAUUUGUAAGCCUUUUUGGCACCGUCGGAUGGCGACGCGUAAGCGAACGAUAAAACUCAUUGUCGCGACGUGGAUAGUCAGCCUCUGUUUAGCCGCCAUGUUGAUACCCGGACAUUAUCCAAUGGUUUACAGAUGUUUUAUAUACCCAGAUGAUCCCAAAUACGAUGGUUACCCUUCACUUAACGGUUACUGCAGUGCCGUCAAACCAUGGCUCAUUGACUUGGUAAAUGGAUGCCAGGUUAUCCCGUUCUUUAUCGCCAUGAUCGUAAGCUCUUUCCUGUACACGCUCAUCAUCAAAAGCCUACACGCGCGCGUCAAUACCGAUAUCGCUCUCAACUCGGAUCGAUACCAGCUCACCCAGGUGCGCAAUUCCGUCACCAAAAUGCUUCUCGUCACCGGCAUACUGUUUUUCCUUUGUCUGUUUCCGUACCAACUUUUCACCUUUUCUCUGAUGGUCGCAGGUAUAAUCAGCGAUGAUGCUUACGGAAAAGUAAAUGAUGUUAUAGAGCCAUUCUGGCCCAUUUUUCAGACGAUGAUGUAUGUGAACUCUGCGAUGAAUGCGUACGUCUACGGUAUUACGAAUGCGCGUUAUCGACAAGCCCUGAUCAAGACGUUUGCUUGUGGCUUUGAGAAGCAAGAGAUGAUUAUGUCAUCGAUAUCCAUGAAGUCUUCGACUCAGACCAUCGCAGAAAAUUUGGACAAAGCAUAGAAUUCGAAAGCAGAGAGUUUACAAAGAAAUAACUUAAAAGUUAAGGAGAAGUCUAUCCUCAUUACAUCAAGCUAGUUUUCUGAUGUUAAAAACAAGAAACUUUGUUCAUCAUGUAGGUUUUGGGAAUAUCCAUCAAAGAACGAUUGAGUUAGAAAUUUGAUCAAGGGCCAUUUUCUCAAUUUUUUAAAAUCAAAGUUAUUUGUGCUCUGACGGUAAUGUCUAACCACACAUAAAAGCCUAUUUUAAUCAUGCAACUGCAAAAAAUUAUCUUUCUUAGCAAUUGCCUAUGAAGACUUAAUGGGCGGCCAUAUGCCCCCCCCCCCAAAAAAAAAAAAGUAAUCAAUUAUCCCAACAAACACUAAUUAUUU